GGAAGCGGCAACAACAGGGUAGACAAGUGUAGCCAGACGAAGAAAAUAUUUUAAAAACUCACAUUUAGUACUGUAAACUAGCGGCAUGACUUUACUGUAUAAAUUCCAUAUCUAUGCCCUAGCAUAGUUGAAACGUAAAACGUUUUCGUAUGUAUUUUAUUUCGUAACGUUAACCUCCCUAGCUAUGAUGUUAAAAAAUGCCAACGAGGCUAAGCAGGUAGCUAGUCAGCAGCGGUGCUGAUGAAAAACGUUGAAAUGGUGCGGAACAUGUUUCGGAGCGGGUUUCUGGUCCGGGCCACACACACCCUCCUGACCUGGGCCGUAACCCUCAUACUGUUCCUGCACAACACCGAUUUGCGGAAGUGUGAGGAGCGAGGGGAGCUGCUGCUGCCGGCUCUUUUCCUGCUCCUGGUCGUGAUGUCAGUGUUGUUAUAUUUCGCUGUUUCUUUAAUGGACCCUGGCUUCGUUCUCACUGACACUGUCCAGGGCGUUCAGGGUUCAAGCGAGGAAAUGGAGUCGAUGAUUUCUCAGUCUUCGACCCCUCGGCUGCGGCGCUGCGGAUACUGCCUGCUGCAGCAGCCAAUGAGAGCGAAGCACUGUCAGACGUGCAAAUGCUGUGUCCGCCGCUUCGACCACCACUGUCCCUGGAUCGAGAACUGUGUGGGAGAGAGAAACCACCGCUGGUUCAUCGUCUACCUGCUGGUGCAGCUGCUCGCUCUGCUGUGGGCUCUUCACAUUGCUCUGUCUGGCAUAUCACCCAGCCUCACCUGGGAGCUGUGGUUCAGGGUGAACGGGUUCCUGCUGGCGACACUGGGCACUGUUGGUGUUUUUUCUGUUGUGGUGGUGCUGCUGCUGGGCUGCCACCUCUACCUGGUCUCCAUCAACUGCACCACCUGGGAGUUCAUGUCACGUCACAGGAUCUCCUACCUGAAGAACUGUGGAAAUGAGGAGAACCCUUUUGACCGUGGCGUCUGCUGCAACCUGUGGGAUUUCUUCUGCAUCUGCAGGACGGUGGUGUGGGAGCAAAUGUACAACAGAAACACCCCAAAUUCUGUCUGACCUCCACCCAGGUGACACCUGACCAUCCAGAACAAGGUCAGACACAACUUUCAAGGGAAGGAAAUCAUGUUUCAACCUCAAAAGCAGAGAUCUGAAUUAUUUUGGGUAGCACUGUACAACUGGAUUGGACCAUACAUUGACUGGAGUGUGGCUCCAGAGAUGGAAGUGUCUCUUUUUUUCAUCACUUUGGUCCUGACAGAAAUAUCUCAAAACUAUUGGAUGGAUUGUCAUUUUGUCCAGACAUUCAUGUUCCCCUCAGAAUGAAUUGUGAUCACCGGUCAUCCUCUGACUUUUCAUCUAGCACCAUUCAUCAGGUCAAAAAGGUUUAAUACCAAAACUAAUUCCCAUCAGCACCAACUGUAACUGUGUACUUGUGUAUAUACUAAGUAUUUCUGUAUACUCAGGUGUUUUGACGCGUGUCAUACUCUCCCUUAACAGUUAGAAAAGAAAAGAAUUUUCAGGCUUUCCUUCAGGUUUUCUUUUUCUUGUUGAAAGAAAGAAAAAAGCCAGUCCUUCUGAUCGAUUUCUCAGGUCUGGUCACCACUUUCUCUUCUGGAAAUGUUUCUGCUGUUGCCUCAUGAGAGUGGUGACCCCACCCAUUAGAACACUAAUUGCCUUUAUGUGUUGUCCAAUGAAUAUUUUGUGCCUUUGGUUUUAUGUAACUUGUUUUUAAGUAAUUAUUUUUACUGUUAAAAAAUUAUUUAACUAUGAGAUAAUCUUGACACAGAGCCAAAUAUUAACAAACAUUUUUUACUGUAUUUGUUCUGUUUGUAUUUAUUGACAACAAGAGUACAUUAAAACAUUG